UCAUCCGAGGUGCGCGAUCGGUUCACCGACAUAAUCGACUCGAUUUUAGCGAAAAGCGACCUCACUACCAUCUCGGAAAAGCGCAUUCGCAAAGGUCUGCAGGAGGAGAUUGGCUAUGACCUCACCCCCCAGAAGGCUGCGAUUAAGCAGCUCAUCAUGGAGCGAUUCGACAUUUACGCGGACAAAAACGGAGUUGGCGAGGAGCCCGAAGAAGAAUCCGCAAACAACGGUCACCAGGAUGGCAAUUCUGUCUCCGGGGUCCCCUCACCACCACCAUCCUCAUCUCCCGUGAAGCGCCAGGCCGACAGCGAAGAAGCGUCCGAUCCAAGCGAUUCCCCUCCCCCGAAGAAACUUAAAUCGGAGGCGGAUAUUGAUGCUGACGCCGUAUUCGCUGCCAAGCUGCAAGCUGAAGAGAACCUGCGGGCACGACCAACGCGAGGGGGAAAUGCACGGCGGGCAGCUCCGACAAAGAAAAAGACCAAGAGCAAACCCAAGGCUAAGACAUCCGCGAGGGUAAAGGCAGAGGAUGAUUCAGAUCUCGAGUCUGGCUCCGACACAAAGAAGGAAGUGAAUCGGACGGGUGGUUUCCAUAAACCCCUCAAUCUCUCACCUCCCCUUGCCGCACUCCUGGGUGAGGCUACGCUGUCACGACCUCAAACAGUAAAGAAGGUGUGGCAAUACAUUCGAGACAAUGAACUCCAGGAUCCUAGCGACCGACGUCAAAUUCGUUGUGAUGAUGCAAUGCGCGCCGUCUUCAAGCAAGAUCGGGUGCAUAUGUUCACCAUGACCAAGAUCCUCAAUCAAAACCUGUACAGCCCUGAUGAAUAG